AUGGCUUUUCCUUUGUUUCUUACUCUGUGCUUUUGCAUAACUGUGCUGGCCCACCCCACAUACCCCCCGAACAACAGCAAAAACGGCCCCAGACAUGGCAAACCACUGCUCAGUGACUUUGAUGCUCUUGGUGCAUGGUUCGAUGGCAUUGCGGCCCUCGAAGGCACCACGAUUCCUCGCCAGCCAAAUGUCACCGUUGCCAUCGUCGGAGGUGGGAUUUCAGGCCUUGCAACGGGGUUGAUGCUCGACAGUAUUGGCUUCCACAACUGGGAGAUCAUCGAGGCCAGCGAUCGUGUUGGGGGUCGAUUCCGCACCGUCUUCGUUGGAGGUACUCAAGAGUUUGCGGAGAUGGGACCCAUGAGGCUACCUUAUACUAUCACUUACAAGAGCGACAACUCGACCCAUGAGUAUACAGACCAUCGGAUGACAUUUCAGCUGGCUGAGUGGCUUAACGAGAUGAACGGCUAUAACAGCACGUGGAAAAUCGAAUUCAUCCCCUGGGUCCAGCACCAUCCAAACGAACUUAUUGCCCGAGGCACUGGGAGGCACCCCGACGGCAGGGUCCCAACACGAGGGGAAAUUGCUGCAAAUCCCAGCUUGGGCAGGCCGCCGCCACUGGUCACUGCAGAAUAUAACAACACCAAGGAGCAAAUGAACCGGAUCCUUAAGGAUGAAAAGACUCUCAGAGCCAUUCAGAAGGAUAUCUGGCGAGCACAUAAAUGGGCGAUGGAUCAGGGUUUGGACGAUUAUAGCCAGCAGUCAAUGAUGCGACAUGUCUUCCACGCGAGUGAAAAUGUCACGGAUGCAAUCUGGACUUCAACGGACUAUGAUGUCUUCUGGGACGAGAUGGUUCAUAAUUCGAAUCUGGCUCAAGACGGUAGCAAGGAUGCAUUCGGCGAGACCGAGUGGAAAUGCAUCAACGGUGGUUUCAACCGACUAUCAGAUGCAUUCAUCCCACAUGUCUCUAACAGACUGGUGCUGAACAGAAAGAUAACCAAACUCGAGCCUGUUAAUGAUAAUACCAAUCACACACGGACUCGGCUUUCAUGGUAUUCCGGGACCGGCAAGAACCGUACUUCCGACUCGAAGGACUAUGACUACACCAUCAUGACCGUACCAUUCACCAUGACCCGCUUCAUGGAUUUGCCCAAAUUCUCUUCAGUACUAGACCGUGCCAUGGGCGAAACUGGGUUGCGCUUCAAGUCAGCCUGCAAGGUCUCACUGCUUUUCAAGGAGCGUUUCUGGGAAAAAGGUGAGCGGCCCAUUUUUGGAGGAUAUUCUAUGCCCGAGAGUCUCGGGAUUGGUGCUCUCUACUACCCUUCAUAUGGUCUGAACGAAUCGCGUCCAGGCCUUAUAACGCAUUAUCGUGGAGGUGAUUGGAGCGACCGCUUCGUUAGUAUGUCAGAUGAGCAGCACACACAACUGGUCUUGGAUGCUGUGGUGAGCCUUCAUGGCGAACAGGCACGUGAAUUAUACACAGGCGACUUUGUGCGACUAUGUUGGCUACAGGAUGAACACAGCGCGACAUCGUGGUGUCGACCAGACGUAGAGCAGCAUAAGCUAUACAUCCCAGCAUACCAUCGCACUGAGCACAAUACCAUCUUCAUUGGCGAGCAUACAGCGCCAACGCACGCUUGGAUAAGCUCAUCUCUACAUUCGGCUGUCAGAGGUUCGAUACAGCUGCUGUUGGAAUUGGGCAUGGUCGAGGAGGCCAAGCAACUAAAUCACCGCUGGAUGGGGCGGUGGAUUAAGCACCACGACUGA